UUAAUAAAACAGAAACAUGAUGUUGAUUUAAUUUUAAACCACUUUCAUUGUUCAGUAAUAUAAGACAGCUACUUUGUACAGCUCACUGAGACAGCAGCCUGUCUAUGCUUCACCACCUCUUGCCUCUCCCUUUCUUUGUCAUGUCCACUCUGGCAUAAUGGUCUGCUGUUCAAGGUGACAGCAACAAAUAGCAACACUGGGCUCAACCCAAUUUGGAGAGUGCUUUUUGUGAUAGGCAACCUGGAUGCCAUUUCUCUGAUAUUCAUCCCCAUAUUUGGUUGACUUUCAACCUUUAUUAAUGGAGAGGCAGCCUGGUGUCAGAGGCUGGACCCAUCACUUCACUUGACAAGGUUGCUGAUCAAAGAUAAAUAGCAAAGAUUCAAAUUUCCUUCAGAGUGACAACACCUCAGUUGAAGGUUGAAACAUGGGUGACGCUGCUAUGGCAGAGUUUGGGGCUGCUGCUUCUUUUCUGAGGAAAUCAGAUAUGGAGCGUCUGGAAGCCCAGACUCGUCCAUUUGACAUCAAGAGGGAGUGUUUUGUUCCUGAUCCUGAGGUUGAGUACGUCAAAGCAACCAUUCAGAGUCGUGAUGGUGACAAAGUUACUGUCCAAACUGAACAUGAUAAGACCGUCACAGUGAAGGAGUGUGAUGUGCACCCUCAAAAUCCGCCAAAGUUCGAUAAAAUUGAGGACAUGGCGAUGUUCACUUUCCUCCAUGAGCCAGCUGUGCUGUUUAACCUUAAAGAGCGUUACGCAGCAUGGAUGAUCUACACCUACUCUGGGCUCUUCUGUGUGACUGUCAACCCAUACAAGUGGCUGCCAGUCUAUAACCAGGAGGUGGUUGUUGCCUACAGAGGAAAGAAAAGAAGUGAAGCUCCUCCUCACAUCUUCUCCAUCUCUGACAAUGCCUACCAGUACAUGCUGUCAGACAGAGAAAACCAGUCAAUCCUCAUCACCGGAGAAUCCGGAGCUGGAAAGACUGUCAACACCAAGCGUGUCAUCCAGUACUUUGCCAGCAUUGCUGCUGUCCCAGGUGGAAAGAAAGAUGCUGCGGCUGAAAAGAAGGGCACCCUGGAGGAUCAAAUCAUUCAGGCUAACCCUGCUCUGGAGGCCUUUGGUAAUGCCAAGACCAUCAGGAAUGACAACUCCUCCAGAUUUGGCAAAUUCAUCAGGAUUCAUUUUGACAACAGGGGAAAGCUGGCCUCUGCUGAUAUUGAGACUUACCUUCUGGAAAAGUCUCGUGUGACCUACCAGCUCAAAGCUGAGAGGGACUACCACAUUUUCUACCAGAUCUUGUCUCAGGCAAAGCCAGAACUCCUUGAAAUGCUGCUCAUCACCAACAACCCCUAUGACUAUGCCUUCAUCUCCCAAGGAGAGACAACUGUAGCCUCCAUCAAUGACUCUGAAGAGCUGAUGGCCACUGAUGAUGCCUUUGAUGUCCUGGGCUUCACUCAAGAGGAGAAGAACAGUAUUUACAAGCUGACUGGUGCCAUCAUGCACCAUGGUAACAUGAAGUUCAAGCAGAAGCAGCGUGAAGAGCAGGCGGAGGCAGACGGCACUGAAGAUGCUGACAAAGUAGCUUAUCUGAUGGGCCUGAACUCUGCUGACCUCAUCAAAGGUCUCUGUCACCCAAGAGUCAAAGUAGGAAACGAGUGGGUCACCAAGGGACAAAAUGUUAACCAGGUGUACUAUGCUGUUGGUGCACUGUCUAAGUCAGUGUAUGAAAAGAUGUUCUUGUGGAUGGUGGUGAGAAUUAACCAGUCCCUGGACACCAAACAGCCUCGCCAGUACUUCAUUGGUGUGCUGGACAUCGCUGGGUUUGAAAUCUUUGAUUUCAACACCUUUGAGCAGAUGUGCAUCAACUUCACCAAUGAAAAACUGCAACAGUUUUUCAACCAUCACAUGUUUGUGCUGGAGCAGGAAGAGUACAAGAAAGAGGGCAUUGAAUGGGAGUUCAUUGAUUUUGGUAUGGAUCUGCAGGCCUGUAUUGAUCUGAUUGAAAAGCCCAUGGGUAUCAUGUCCAUCCUUGAAGAGGAGUGCAUGUUUCCCAAAGCCUCUGAUGCCACCUUUAAAGCUAAGCUCUAUGACAACCAUCUGGGCAAAUCCAACAACUUCCAGAAACCCAGAAUUAUCAAAGGAAAACCAGAGGCCCAUUUCUCCCUGGUUCACUAUGCUGGAACUGUUGAUUAUAAUAUCAACAACUGGCUGGUGAAGAACAAAGAUCCUCUAAAUGAGACUGUUGUUGGACUGUACCAGAAGUCUAACCUCAAGCUGUUGGCUUUACUAUUUGCCAACUAUGCUGGAGCUGAUUCAGCUCAAGAAUCUGGUGGGAAGGGUGGAAAGACUGAGAAAAAGAAAAAAGGUUCAUCCUUCCAAACUGUGUCAGCUUUGCACAGGGAGAACCUGAACAAGCUGAUGACCAACUUGAGGUCAACUCACCCUCACUUUGUGCGCUGCAUCAUCCCCAAUGAGACCAAGACUCCUGGGGCCAUGGAGAACCCUCUGGUGAUGCACCAGCUACGCUGUAACGGUGUGCUGGAAGGCAUCAGGAUCUGCAGAAAGGGCUUCCCCAACAGGAUCCUCUAUGGAGACUUCAAGCAGAGAUACCGCAUUCUGAACCCUAAUGCCAUUCCUGAGGGACAGUUCAUUGACAACAAGAAGGCUGCUGAGAAACUGCUGGGUUCUCUGGAUAUAGACCACAACCAGUACAAACUGGGGCACACCAAGGUGUUCUUUAAAGCUGGGCUGCUUGGUCUGCUGGAGGAGAUGCGAGAUGACCGACUAGCACUAAUUAUUACUGGCAUCCAAUCUCGCUCACGAGGUCUUCUAGCAAGAAUCGAAUUCCAGAAAAUUGUUGAACGCAGAGAUGCCCUACUUGUAAUCCAGUGGAACAUCCGUGCCUUCAUGGGGGUCAAGAAUUGGCCCUGGAUGAAGAUGUACUUCAAGAUCAAACCUCUCCUGAAAUCAGCAGAGACUGAGAAGGAGAUGGCCAACAUGAAGGAAGAGUUUACCAAACUGAAGGAGGCUUAUGCUAAAUCUGAAGCCCGUAGAAAAGAACUGGAGGAGAAAAUGGUCACUCUUCUCCAAGAGAAGAACGACCUGCAGCUUCAAGUCCAGACUGAGCAAGAUAAUCUUUGUGAUGCAGAGGAGAGAUGCGAGGGGCUCAUCAAGAGCAAAAUUCAGCUGGAAGCAAAAAUCAAAGAGCUGACUGAAAGGCUGGAGGAUGAGGAGGAGAUGAACGCUGAACUGACAGCUAAGAAGAGGAAGCUGGAAGAUGAAUGCUCUGAGCUGAAGAAGGACAUUGAUGACUUAGAGUUAACUCUGGCUAAAGUUGAGAAAGAAAAGCACGCCACUGAGAACAAGGUAAAGAACCUGACAGAGGAGAUGGCUGCUUUGGAUGAAAUCAUUGCCAAGCUGACCAAGGAAAAGAAAGCUUUACAGGAAGCUCAUCAGCAAACCCUGGAUGACCUGCAGAGUGAAGAAGACAAAGUCAACACUCUGACCAAGGCCAAGGCCAAGCUGGAGCAGCAAGUUGAUGAUCUUGAGGGGUCCUUAGAGCAAGAGAAGAAGAUACGUAUGGACCUUGAGAGAGCAAAGAGGAAACUUGAAGGAGACCUAAAGUUGGCCCAAGAGAGUAUCAUGGAUCUGGAAAAUGACAAGCAGCAACUUGAAGAGAAGCUGAAAAAGAAAGAUUUUGAAAUCAGUCAACUCAAUAGCAAAAUAGAGGAUGAACAGGCAAUGGUUGCUCAGCUCCAGAAAAAACUGAAGGAGCUGCAGGCCCGCAUUGAGGAGCUGGAGGAAGAGCUUGAAGCAGAGCGAGCUGCACGAGCCAAGGUGGAGAAGCAGAGAGCAGACUUGGCCAGAGAGCUGGAAGAGAUCAGUGAGAGGCUGGAGGAGGCUGGUGGAGCCACAGCUGCCCAGAUCGAGAUGAACAAGAAGAGGGAGGCCGAGUUCCAGAAACUCCGCAGAGACCUCGAAGAGGCCACUCUGCAGCACGAGGCCACCGCUGCCACCCUGAGGAAGAAGCAAGCCGACAGCGUUGCUGACCUGGGAGAGCAGAUUGACAACCUGCAGAGAGUCAAGCAGAAACUGGAGAAGGAGAAGAGUGAGCUCAGACUAGAGCUCGAUGAUGUGGUCUCCAAUAUGGAGCAGAUUGUCAAGACAAAGAACAAUUUGGAGAAAAUGUGUAGGUCUCUGGAGGACCAGAUGAAUGAAUAUAAAACAAAGUCAGAGGAGGGACAGCGUACCAUCAACGACUUCACCAUGCAGAAAGCAAAGCUUCAAACUGAAAAUGGUGAACUUGCGAGGCAGCUUGAGGAGAAGGACUCCCUGGUGUCUCAACUCACCAGAGGAAAACAGUCCUACACACAACAAAUUGAAGACCUUAAAAGACAACUGGAAGAGGAAAUCAAGGCUAAGAAUGCAUUAGCCCAUGCUGUGCAGUCUUCUCGUCAUGACUGUGACCUGCUCAGGGAGCAGUAUGAGGAGGAGCAGGAGGCCAAGGCUGAACUGCAGCGCAGCAUGUCCAAGGCCAACUCUGAGGUGGCUCAGUGGAGAACCAAGUAUGAAACUGAUGCCAUCCAGAGAACUGAGGAACUGGAGGAAGCAAAAAAGAAGCUGGCUCAGCGUCUGCAGGAUGCUGAGGAGGCUGUUGAAGCUGUGAAUGCUAAAUGUUCCUCCCUGGAGAAGACCAAACACAGGCUGCAGAAUGAGAUUGAAGAUCUCAUGGUGGAUGUGGAGAGAUCAAAUGCUGCUGCUGCUGCUCUGGACAAGAAGCAAAGAAACUUUGACAAGGUCUUGGCAGAGUGGAAACAGAAGUAUGAGGAGUCUCAAACAGAGCUGGAGAGCUCCCAGAAAGAAGCCAGGUCUCUGAGCACUGAGCUCUUCAAACUGAAAAACUCCUACGAAGAGUCGCUUGAACAUCUGGAGACCAUGAAAAGGGAGAACAAGAAUCUGCAAGAGGAAAUCUCUGACCUUACUGAACAAAUCGGGGAGGGUGGAAAGAGUAUUCAUGAGCUUGAGAAGAUUCGAAAGCAGCUGGAACAAGAGAAGUCUGAGAUACAAACAGCUCUGGAGGAGGCAGAAGCCUCUCUGGAGCAUGAAGAAGGGAAGAUUCUCAGAGUCCAGCUUGAAUUCAACCAGAUUAAGGCUGACAUCGAGCGCAAACUGGCUGAGAAAGAUGAAGAGAUGGAGCAAGCUAAGAGAAAUCAACAACGAAUUGUUGAUACUCUGCAGAGCUCUCUUGAGGCUGAGACUCGCAGCAGGAAUGAAGCCCUUCGUUUGAAAAAGAAGAUGGAGGGAGACCUCAAUGAGAUGGAGAUCCAGCUCAGCCAAGCCAACAGGCAGGCAUCUGAGGCCCAGAAACAGCUGAAGGCUGUUCAUGCACAUCUGAAGGAUUCUCAGCUCCAGCUUGAUGACGCUCUGCGGGCCAGUGAUGAUAUGAAGGAAAAUAUAGCCAUGGUUGACAGACGCAACAACCUUCUUCAGGCCGAAGUGGAGGAACUGAGAGCUGCACUGGAGCAAACUGAGCGAAGCCGCAAACUUGCAGAGCAAGAGCUGCUGGAUGUUAGCGAACGGGUGCAGCUACUGCACUCACAGAACACCAGCCUGAUAAACCAGAAGAAGAAGCUGGAGGGUGAUACAUCCCAGCUUCAAAGUGAGGUGGAGGAGGCAGUGCAGGAAUGUAGAAAUGCUGAAGAGAAGGCCAAGAAGGCCAUCACUGAUGCUGCCAUGAUGGCAGAGGAGCUGAAGAAAGAGCAGGACACCAGCGCUCACUUGGAGCGUAUGAAGAAGAACAUGGAGCAAACCAUCAAAGACCUGCAGCACCGUCUGGACGAAGCUGAACAGAUCGCCAUGAAGGGAGGCAAGAAGCAGGUGCAGAAGCUCGAGGCCAGGAUCAGAGAAUUGGAGAUUGAGGUGGAGGCUGAACAACGGAAGUCCAGUGAUUCGGUCAAAGGAAUAAGAAAAUAUGAGCGACGGAUCAAAGAGUUGACUUACCAAACUGAGGAAGAUCGUAAGAAUCUUACCCGUCUGCAAGAUCUGGUGGAUAAGCUGCAGCUAAAGGUUAAAUCUUACAAAAAAACUGCAGAGGAAGCUGAGGAACAAGCCAACAGCAAUCUCACCAAGUUCCGCAAGCUUCAACAUGAGCUUGAUGAGGCUGAAGAGCGAGCUGACAUCGCUGAGUCUCAGGUCAACAAGCUACGUGCCAAGAGCCGUGAUGUGGGGUCAAAGAAAGGGCAUGAUGAAGAGUAAAGCACAAGGAAUAAAUGGAUAUUUCAGAGACACUUGAUGUCUUGAUUGUGUCUCCCUAUUCAUGUAGCUUAUUUAUUAGAAUAAAAUAAAUCUGCAUCUAAAA